CAGCCUGACCCACCCCCGACCGUGUCACAGGCCCCGGGCUUGGGGAGGCCGCGGGGGGUGGCCAGGGCCGGGGGCCGGGUUCGGGACCACCGGGAAAGCGCCGUUGUACAGUCAGGACCCUGCCCGGCGAAAACCAUCAGCACAGGGGGAUUGAUUCACCUCCUCAAGCCAAACACUAGGUCUGUCAACAGGCUGUGCCAGGCCCCAGUCAGAGUGGAGGAUGGGAGCUGGAGGAGGGCUGGUUGUAGCAUGGUGCUGGAGGACGCCUUUCGGCUCGGUCCUCAGCCCUGUGGCGUGCUGGAUGGAUGGCUUGAGGCGAGCAACUUGUGCUGUGCUCAAAAACCAGAGGAGUCGAGACACAGGGAAAAUUCGGGCACCUCAGUCUUUAAAAGCCACUUCCUCAGGGCUCGGUUACAUCUCCUGGGGCACCAUUCCUCACAGCAGGAAUAACUUGCCGAGUUUUCCAAUCUGACUAGCCUCUGUGGCUCGCAUUUUGGCUUUCCCCACAUUUGAUUUAGUUGGCGCAGGCCACAUACACCAAAAUAUGGUGUAUUUUGGGGAAAACUGAUUUUGGCUCCUUCCUGUAACAUCUGCAGGAAUGGGCUGGACUCUCUACCCUUGUGUACAGUUCAAACCCAAGCUCGUUAAAUAUUUAUACCUCGUACCAUGGAUCUUAUAUCUGUACAGGCCCUGUGACAGCACAAGUGUUUUCAAGCCCUGUUUGGCCGUGGUUUCUAGACUAACCCUUCCAAGUGCUUUUACCCCUGCAGUAAUUCUCACAGCAAGCCGCCUGCCUGCAGAGAGCACAAUGUUCCUGGUCGGACUCUCGGGUGGAAUCGCAUCGGGAAAGAGCACGGUGGUGGCCGUACUCCGGGAACUGGGCUGUGCCGUGAUUGAUGCCGAUGUUAUUGCCAGAGAGGUGGUGCAGCCCCACUUCAAGGCCUAUCGACAGAUAGUGCAUUACUUUGGCACCGAGAUCCUCUUGGAGAAUGGAGAGAUAAAUCGCGAGGCUCUAGGAAACAUUAUCUUCUCCCACCCGGAGAAACGGCAGCUGCUGAACUCUGUCACACACCCAGAGAUCCAGAAGGAGAUGCUGAAGCAGAUCUGGAAGUACUUUGUGCUAGGCUACCGCUACGUCAUCCUCGACAUCCCUCUGCUCUUUGAGACCAACAGAUUGACCAAGUUUAUGAAAUACACGGUCUUGGUUUAUUGCGACCCGCCGACGCAGCUGUCUCGGCUGAUGAAGAGGAACAGGCUGUCCCAGGCCGAGGCAGAAGCUCGCAUCGCCUCCCAGCUGCCGCUGGACGAGAAGCGCAAAUUAGCGAGUCAUGUCAUUGACAACUCCGGGGACCGGGAGAGCACGCGCCGGCAGGUCCUGAAGCUGCACGCGCGCCUGGAGGAUUCCCUGGAUUUCCUCUGGGCACGGCUGGUGGUGGGCACAGUUGUAGCUGGGCUUGGAGGGCUGGUGUACCUCCUCCUCCGGCGUUUCAUCUCUUAAUUCACCUUUUCUUUUUGUCAUGGAAGAGGCCUGAAUUUCCAGGUUUGAAAAGGGCAGUGAAAGGCCACCUCUUUUAAUGAGCUUUGCCAGCUGAAUGCAGACAGUGGGAUGAGGCGUCUCCUUGCAGACUUCCCAAGGUGAGCGUAGGGGUUUUUUUCUGGCACUGUCUCCCCUCUCCUUUCUUCCUGCUCAAGUUCUUACCCACCAGCUAUGCCUGUGGGAUGAGACUGCUCCCCUUGCAAGGCUGUGGCCUGUGGAGGGGAUGAAGCCCUCAUUGUCCCCCCGUGGGUCUGUACGGUGGGGCUUCAGUGAAUUUAGGCACUUUAAUGUCUUCCAGGACAAUCUCUUCACUGGGGGAGUAGGUGGCCUCUCAGGUCCUGUUUCUGCUAGCAGGUGUCCCCAGGUUGAUCCCCUCCUAGCUCACAGCUCCGGCUAAUCUGAAUUUAGCCAUGAGAUUUUUCCCUUCUUUCAUGUUGAUUUAAUGGAAACAUGUUAAAUCUGCCUGAGCGGGGGGACAGACAGCACCUCAUUUCACAUGGGUUAGGUGUUCAGCUGGCUGCUUGCCCUCCUUCCUGCCCUCUAUUUCUGCAAUCAUCACUUGUGGGUCACCCUUGGCUUUGGAUCUGAGGGUCUGAUACGUCCCCCGAGCAGGCUGAGACCUACAACCUGCCUUGCUGAAACUCAUUUACUGCUGUUUGAGUUUUCCUUCGGCAGCAGUUUCCCCGUGGGAGAGCACGAGUUGGGGCGAAGCGGGUGUUGCCUCUUCAUGUUUGUUUUAAUAAAGUGCUAAACAGCAGCUGGCUCCCCA